CCGGUGGCAGUACCACAGCUAGCUAUCUCAUCACCAUAUCGACUACGCAGUCCAUUGGCUAGGAAGCAAUGGCUCCCUGCGUGAUGGCUUCGUCGGCCACCUCGGUUGCUCCCUUCCAAGGGCUCAAGUCCACAGCUGGACUCCCAGCGAGCCGCCGCUCCAGCAGCUCCGGCUUUGGCAACGUCAGCAACGGUGGAAGGAUCAAGUGCAUGCAGGUGUGGCCGAUUGAGGGCAUCAAGAAGUUCGAGACCCUGUCCUACCUGCCGCCGCUCACCACGGAGGACCUCCUGAAGCAGAUCGAGUACCUCAUCCGGUCGAAGUGGAUCCCCUGUCUCGAAUUUAGCAAGGUCGGGUUCGUUUACCGUGAGAAUGCUAGAUCCCCAGGGUACUACGACGGCCGCUAUUGGACCAUGUGGAAGCUGCCCAUGUUUGGCUGCACCGACGCCACCCAGGUGCUCAAAGAGCUCGAGGAGGCCAAGAAGGCCUACCCCGACGCAUUCGUCCGCAUCAUCGGCUUCGACAACGUCAGGCAGGUGCAAUGUAUCAGUUUCAUCGCCUACAAGCCACCAGGUUGUGAGGAGUCUGGCGGCGCCUAAGCACAGCUAGGCUCACUCCUGCAUCAGCGACCAUGAAGUGUAACUUUGACGUUUGCUUUGGGUCACCAUGAUCUCCAUUUCCUUUUCUUUUUUUUGAUGUUCAAUGGUCUGCUCGUGUAUGCGAUCUCUCUCUCUGGCCCAAGAUUUACUGUGAGGUAUACUGCUACUACAUGGAUACUAAUAAGCAUAUCUGCCUGACUGCC